UGGACCAGUGUUGGUCUGGUAGUCAUGGUGACAGUGUUAGGACUGGUCCUGCUCCUGUUCUACAGACAGAGGAGAGGAACCAGGAGAACACCACCACCACCACCAGUCUCCUCCAACACACAACCUGACCCUACGGGAGAGGUUGACUGUGUGUAUGAGGAGAUCAGAGAGGCAGAAAGACAGACAGACACACUCCCUGUGGUCAUCUCUUCAGUCUACUCUACUGUCAACUCACCUACCAACUCUACAACCUAUCCUGCUGGAAAAGACUCUACAACCUACCCUGCUGGCCAAGUCUCUACAACCUACCCUGCUGGCCAAGACUCCACAACCUACCCUGCUGGCCAAGUCUCUACAACCUACCCUGCUGGCCAAGACUCUACAACCUACCCUGCUGGCCAAGCCUCUACAACCUACCCUGCUGGCCAAGACUCUACAACCUACCCUGCUGGCCAAGCUUCUACAGCCUACCCUGCUGGCCAAGACCCUUUAACCUACCCUGCAGGCCAAGGCUCUACAACCUACCAUGCUGACCAAGCCUCUACAACCUACCCUGCUGGCCAUGCUACCAGUGUCUCACACUGUGACAUCCAUGCUAGCGCUAGCUACAACAAAGAUGAUAUAAAUCCAAGCUAUUCUACUGCAGAUCGCCCAGCUUCUCUCAUCUACUCCAAUGUGGAUCUACCCAAAGAUUCUAGAGUCUCUUCAAGCCCUCCAACAGCCAGUGGAACCCAGGAUGAUUCCAUCUAUUCUACAGCCCAGCUACACAAAGAUACUGUAGAAUCUACAAGAUACCCUGCUGUACACCUCUCUAAAGACACUCCAGAAGACGCCAUCUACUCUACAGCCCAGAUACCCAAAAUAAUGUAGGACUGUAUACAUCAAGGGAUGUGUCUCAAAUGACACUCUAUUACCUAUCCCCCAUAUGGCCCUGGUCAAAGGCAGUGCUCUAUAGAGAACAAGGUGCCAUUUGGGAUGAAGGGAAGCUCCCUGUAGAGAGAUGAAGGGUUGUCACCACAGAGCCGCCAUCUUGGAAUGACAUGAAAAAAAAACAUGUUUCAAAUCCUUCUUGACAUAUUGUAUUCAAACAGCUCAUGUGGUUUUACUGUAUAUAAUGUAUGUAAAAUAUGAACAUCUGGGUUUAAAAUCAAUUUUAUCUCCAGAUUUUGUGAAAGUCAACCAACAUUUU